AUAGAAACAGAGAUUAGGUAAACAAGUUAUACUUGAUUUGUAAUAUAGUUAUUGAGUAUGAUAUAUAUCUCCGUCCUCCGAUGGUGUAUAGUAUAUAAGUAUAGUGUAAAAAAACUAUACGGUAAAGAUAAAAGCAACAUCGUAGGUAUAUAUCAUAAUAUCGUUUAACCGAUUUGGUCCAACACAUACUACAUGUACAUGAGAAGAUCAGAGUGACGAUUUAUGAUUAAAAUUAUUAUUAUGACAAAGAAAGGGAAAAGCAUUCUAGUAUAUUGUUUGAGGUUAAUAAAAUUCUUUCUAAUAUUAGCGGAAGAUCCCGACAAUCUCCGCAUCUUGCUUUCACGUUGUCUUUUAAAUACAAUCUGGGCUUCUGAGGCUCUUCGCGUUUUAUGGGGAAGUCCAUUAAAGAUCAAUAAUAAAAACGUGAAAGGGUUUUUGACGGCACUAUUCAAGUUUUUACCUCCUGAACGAAAAAGUCACAUAAUGCAUCAUGGUUUCAAUGUAACGAGGAUCUUCGUUCCAAAUGAGAAGAGAUGUAAAAUCGAAGAUUUCGAAGAUUUAGCUAUGAAAAUAAGUUAUCUUUACAUAAGUAUGCCAAAAGAUGUUAUAGACUAUUUAAAUGGAGUAAUGAAACGUUAUAGUAAAAAUUCUUCUGAAUUUCAGUACAUCAAAAAAGGGCUAAAAUGUAGGGAGCGAUGUAAUUUAUUAGAAUUAGCUAAGCGAGAUUCGUGUUUAUAG